AAAUUUAAACAAACAAAUAUAAACAAACAAACAAAUAUAAACAAACAAACAAAUAUAAACAAAGUAGAGCAGAACUUCUUGGUUCUCCAAUAAUUGGGUCUGAUCACUUUUUUGAUGAGUUUAUUAGCAAACGUGUGUUCUUCAAUUGCAAAGUCGUUUAUCUGAUCUCAACAAUUCACAAAUAUUGAUACAUGCUUCUUUACCUAAUCAUGCAUGGCAACAGGCGAUUUUACCCAUGCGUUUGGGAGGUCUUAAUUUCAGAGAAGCAAAAACAACUGCACCAGCAGCUUUCAUUUCCAGUUGCAAUUCGAUCCGACAAUUUCAUUUUUGUUACUCCAACUAUGUUGAGACAUUUGGUACAACCUACUUUACAACCACAACAACAUCUGAUGCCUCACUUUCUGGAUACAUACCUGGAGAAGAUGAAGCUCACAGUCAUUUUAGGAACAUUUUUGCUGAUUUUCAUAAGGAGGUUACUACAGACUUGUCAUCUAUGUCUCAGAAGUCUCUACAGUCACAGAUAGAGUGUUCCGUCUUCAAGGAAUCUCGCAGCCUUUGAGAUAAUGCUUGCCUAAACACCGUAUCAUCGAUUCAUGCCGCAGCCUGGUUUCGCGCAAUUCCGAACCUAAGUUAGGCCUCGCUAUGGCUUCGCAUGAAUUUGUGAUUGCAGUCAAACGCUGGCUGGGAAUUCCUAUCUUUCCAGAUUUUCCCGAGGCUAUACGUUGUAUGCGUGGACAUACAAUUGAUUCAUUUGGAGAUCAUCUCCUUGAGUGUGGUCAUGACUCUCUACGAUCCAGAUGUCAUAAUGCUAUUCGAGACAUUGUCUAUCACACGUUACUUGUUGAUGAUGCAGGUUCACGCGUUGAGGAGUGUUGCAGUAGCACUUCUUUCAAUCGUCCUGGGAAAGUCUAUCAUCCCAAUUUCACAAACGGCAAGCCUGCUUAUUUUGAUGUUUCCAUUUGGAAUACCAUGCAGCCUUCGUACAUUAUACCAUCUUCAACUUUGGCUGAAGCUGCUGCAUUUGCUGAAGGGGAAGAAAAAGAUGCUCAUCAUCAGGCGGACGUGGAAGCUGCAAACGGAUGUUUCUACCCUUUGAUAGUUGAAAUGUUUGAUUCUUGGACACCUGCUAGUUUAGCUACACUAAGAAUAAUUGCCUCUAAAACGAUGACAAAAACUAGACUUCAUUUACUCAAGCGUUUAGUAGCUUGUUAGAACAAUUAUCUGUUCGUCUUUGGCAGUUUAAUGCUAGAAUAUUAAAUGAUAGAUUAGAUUUAGCAGUGGAUGUAGAGCGGUGGGAUUUACCCACUGUAUGAAUAAAUAUAUAAAUAUAAACAAACAAAUAUAAACAAACAAAUAUAAACAAACAAACAAAUAUAAUCAAACGAACAAAUACAAUUGAUUGCUUCAGUGAUCUGCUAUCACCCACUAAUUAGACGUCAAAUGAGCACA